AAGCCCGGAAGAACGAAGAAGAAGAAAGGCUCUUUCCGGCCCGGCAGCAGGCGCCCCAGCGCAGUAUUAUUUACAUACACAAACCUGUGUAAGGGCUACCUGUUAUCGUAAAGGGUUGGUUUUCAUAUUUUAUUAUGUAAAGUCCUUAUAUGUUAGAGAACUGUCGUUAUUAGAUAAGAACUAAUAAUGUUUCGAUAGAGAUAAUAAAUUAGAUGCUAACAUUAGCCUCGCGUGGGGAAACGUGCGUUCAGUUCAAUUCAACCCAAAGUCCGACGGGUGUCCGCAGAGAUGCGGUGUUACUAUGAAGUGUUGGGGGUUAAAAGAGACGCCGGAGAUGAUGAUCUGAAGAAAUCUUAUCGGAAAUUAGCUUUGAAAUGGCACCCAGAUAAAAAUUUGGAGAAUGUGGAGGAGGCCGCAGAGCAGUUCAAGCUCAUUCAAGCAGCUUAUGAUGUCCUCAGUGAUCCACAGGAGAGAGCCUGGUAUGACAAUCACAGAGAAGCACUGCUGAAAGGAGGCCUGACCGGCGACUAUGAAGACGACAGCAUCGACCUGUUGCAGUACUUCACAGUCACCUGCUACUCUGGAUAUGGAGACAAUGAGGAGGGCUUUUACGCCGUUUAUAGGAAUCUUUUUGAGUCCAUUGUUAAGGAGGAGUUGGAGCACAGCAGGAUGGAUGAUGAGGAAGAGGAAGAAGGCUUUCCUCCCUUUGGAGAUUCUCAAAGCGAUUAUGAUACAGUAGUUCAUGUGUUUUACGCCUACUGGCAGAGCUUUUGCACACGUAAGAACUUUGCGUGGAAAGAGGAAUAUGAUACGAGGCAGGCCUCCAACCGCUGGGAGAAACGAGCCAUGGAGAAGGAGAACAAGAAGACCAGGGAAAAGGCUCGUAAGGAGCGCAAUGAUCUGGUGCGACAGCUGGUGGCCUUUGUCCGUAAGAGAGACCGCCGCGUGCAGGCCCACAGGAAGCUGGUGGAGGAGCAGAACGCUGAGAAGAUGAAGAAGAUGGAAGAGCUGAGGCGGCAGCAGAAGCUCAAACAGGCCAAGCUAGCAGAAGAGUACAAGGAGCAGAGCUGGGCCGCCAUGUCCGAGCUGGAGAAGGAGCUGCAACAGAUUGAAGCGCAGUACGGCGAGGAAUUUGGAGACGUAUCUGAGAGUGAGGAGGAGGAGGCGGAUGACGACACAUCUAAGAAAAGCAGCGAAAGAGAUGGAGAUGCUGAGCAGCCUAAUGACGAGGACGCUAUCAUUGACUAUUUUGAUGAUCUUUAUUGUCCAGCUUGUGACAAGUCAUUUAAAUCAGAUAAAGCCAUGAAAAACCAUGGAAAGUCCAAAAAGCACCGAGAGAUGGUGGUGUUGCUGCGGCAACAGUUGGUGGAAGAGGAUGAAUCUUUAUGCUUAAAUGGAAAUGAGGAUGGAGAGGAUGAAAAAAACCUGCAGGAUGAAGAGGAGGAAGAGGAGCAACCAAGGCAAAAGCUUUCAAAAAAGCAAAAGAGGAAAAAGAAGCAACAGAGAGUUGUACAGCAAAGUCAUGUGGACGGUGAGGAAGAGGAGAUGUCCACACAGACCACCUGUGAGGAAGAAGCUCCUGAAAAGUCAGAAAAUCCUACAGAGGCUGAGAAGCAGGAAGAUCCUUCUCCUGCACAAGUCAAAGGCAGCUCUGAGAUGUCGAAAGGCCAAAAGGGGGGAGCAAAAGGAAAAUCGAAGAGCGGCAAGUCACACACUGAACAGUUUCCUGAGAAGGAGCUAAACCUCCGCUGUGUUGCCUGCAAUGACGAGUUCCCCACAAGAAACAAGCUGUUUGACCAUCUGAAGACCAGCGGCCAUGCUACUGCACUCUCUGCAAACGCUCCUCACAGCUCCACGAGCAAGAGCAGAAAGGAGAAACGCAAGAACAGAUAACGAGCUCUCAGCAGGCUUGAUAAGACUUUGACCUGACACAAAAGUAUGAAGCAUUGCUUCAUACAUUUAUUCUACUUGUUGGAUCUGGGCUGCUUUAUCUGUCACCACGCAUCAAGGAGAUAGUGGUAUUUUUUUUUUUUUACAAUCUGAGAUAGGUCAGAUAAGCACCCUUCUCUCUACAACUUAAAUAAGUGAGAGAGAAAUAAGCUGUAGUUUUUAAAAUAAAACUUUUGAACAUACUUUGUCCAACAAGGUUGCUGUGCAUGUGUGUUUACUAAAUCCAUAAACGCUUGGAUUAUUGAAAAAAAAUGUAUUAAAAACUAAAAAGAAUCCAUUUUAUUUCAUCAUUUAUUUCUGCAGAAUGAGCUCCACGUACUGAAUAAAAGAUUAGUCACUUAAAGAUAAUAAAAGCUUUUUUUUUUUCAAAUGUAAGUGAACAAAAUUAUGUUGAUAACUGCGUAGGUAAUAUCAAAAGACGUGGCGAUGAUUCUUUCAAGGUUAAAUUCCCAGCUUAUUUUCUACACAUGUAGCUAAAGGGAUACUUUUAACCACAAAACCAUUAGUGGGGGUUCAGAUCUUUAACGUGCCAAAAGUAUUCAUACACAGAAAUAUUUCCACCAGUUAAGGAAAAUUUCUAUCACCUCUGGAUAUAAAGAAACUAAAACAUAUUAUUCUUGGCUAAGUAGCUCAAGUUCAGACAAAUGAGUAGAGCAGCUAUGAACAGCAAUAAAUAAGUUUUGCCACAGAUUGAUAAGAUUAAGGUUAGAUAAAAUACAAUGGUAUAUAAAUUAUUUACAGGUAGGCAUGUUCAUUAUAUAAACUAUUUUAAGUAUGGGGGGAAAAAUGGUAUAAUUGUACUUUUCCUUUAAUCAGAUAAUUUUUACCACAAAAAGCAAAGCCACAGAGUUUUAGCAUUUAAAAUAGAGAGCGAUAGUUUGUAGACCAAGUUCUCUAAUGUAAUGAAGUAGAAAAGGUGGGUCGGUUACAGAAACAUGCUGAACCUCAUUGGUAGACAUAAAAAAGAAAAACUGAUAACAGGAGACGCUGCUUUCUCAGACUAUUUAUUGCAGGAGUACCUAAAUACCGUCGGCUGUGUAAAAUGCUUUUGAUGUUCCGUAAAAGUAAAAAAAAAAAAAAUCCAUUGGACUUGGUUUCCAAGAUUUGAAGACGUUUUUUUUUUUUUUUUACUUUUACGGACUGACUAUGACCGGGAUGACUGAGAAUCUUCAUCAGCAUAAUACUUUUGAUGGAUCCAGCAAAAAAUGACACGAUGAUGCUUUUUGCCAAGUGGGAACUGUAAGUGGUUAACAGCUUUAUUGCUGCUAAUUGUACUGUGAUCCAAGGCCAUAAAUCGGGCGUUCUGCAAGGCCAUACAGAACGUAACAUUUUAUUAC